CUCUGUUGUUGGGUCCUCGCCCGCUCGCAGAACUUCCUGGGCCACGUAUUGAGGAGAUGAGCACCGUCCCGUUUGACAGAUAAUGACAUUUGACAGUGACUUUCCAAACGGCAUCAGACCCCUCUCCUGUGCAGCAGCCGGACCCGGGCGGUAGCCGAGAAACCCGAGACAUCCCGCGGCUCGGACGUCGUUUCUAACGGAUGCAGAAUGUCUUGGUUUACUGACUUGGCCGGGAAAGCUGAAGACUUUCUGAAUAAAGUGGACCAGGGAGCUGCCACUGCCCUGAGCAAGAACCAGGGCGGCACCUCCUCCUUCGCGUCCUCCUACCGAGCAGACGCCACGGUCUCCUCUGGGUACGGCGGCGCAGAGCUCAGCACCGACACAGCCGGGACGCAACACGCCUAUGCAUCCUCCAAAGAUGCACCAAGCUACAUCGCCGCAGCGGCUGGCAACAUCAAGAGAUCCAACGCCACCCUGCUGGCCGGGACAGCCAACGUGCCCGGCGGGGGCGGGGGCGGGGGCGGGGGCUCCAGCACGGCCAAAGCCUCCUCUGGCUUCGUGAGGCGCAAGAAGAGCGAGCAGGACGUGGACGACGACAUGCUGUUCGACUUCCUGAACAGCUCAGACCCGCCUGCCGCUGACAGGAAAGAUGCCAGACUCAAAGUGUCGGUUCCAGUCACCGAGGCCCAAAAUCCGCCACCUCCUCCCCCUGCCACUGCUCCUCAUUCUGUCCCAUCAGCUCCCUCCACUCCCCCCUCAACCCGGGGAGUGUCCCGGGCCUCAAGCCUCAGCUCUCUGUCCACUCACAGCAUGAAAACAUCUGAGGACGGUUCUGCCAGAGAUCAGAGCCAAGACUACCCAUAUCAGCCAAAAUCAGCUUUAAAAAGCAAUGCCAGUAUCGACACACCUGAGAGCUCCGACUCUGGCUUGGCUGCGCCUCAGGAGUCCAACAGGCAGGAGCCUCCUCCCACAGAGGAGCCACAGAGCCAAAUCCUGUCCAGUCUGCGUCUGGAGAACCAGCUCCUGCGCAGUGAGGUGGCCUCACUCAACCAGGAGAUGGCGUCACUCAUCCAGAGAGCAAAAGACAUGCAGGAGGAACUGAACCAGACUCGCCUACGCGCCGAGAAGUGGAACUCGGACCAAUCUCGGACGGACCGGACAGUGAGGGAACUUCGGUCACAAGUUGAUGAUCUGACAGAGGCGCUUUCUGCUAAGGACGGUCAGCUCGCGGUCCUCAAAAUCAGACUGGAUGAAGCCGAUCAGUUGCUGAAGUCUCGCAGCUCUGCACUGGAGGAGGCACAGAAAGAAAAGUCAAGAAUCCUACAAGACCACUCAGAAGGGAGCAGCCUGCAGUCCCAAGCUCUUCAGACGAUACAGGAGAGGCUGCGAGAGGCAGAAAUGGCCGUCAGGAGUGAACAGGACAGCUACCGGCAGAUGCAGAGUGAAUAUGCUGCCCGUCUAUCCAAAGUGGAAGCUGAGAGGCAGGUGCUGGCAGAGACUGUGACCGGAGCCGAGCGGCGGGCGGCAGAGGAGAAACACAGGGUCGACGACCUCCAGCAGCAAGUGAAAAGUGCCAAAGCUGCGGCUGAGACCACCAAACAGGAGUUACAAGACUACAAGCACAAAGCGUCACGCAUCCUACAAUCCAAAGAGAAGCUGAUCAGCAGUCUGAAGGAGGGCUCUGGGCUGGAGGCUCUAGACGGUGGCGGGGCCACAGCUCUGGAGCUGGAGGAGCUGCGUCAUGAGAAGGAGCUACAGAGGGAUGAGAUCCAGAAGCUGCAGGGCCAAGUGCAAACGCUUCGAUCAGAAAUACAGGAUUUAGAAAAUCAGGCCCUGAUGGAGGCGGAAAGCUGGCGGGAACAGCAGUUGGAGCUGCAGGAGCAACAGGCCGUACAGAACAGAGCCAAACAGGAGGUGGAGGCUGAGGUGGAGCGCUACAAACAGGAGCUGCAGUACUUGGAGGAGGAGCAGCACCGAGCCAAAGCCUCCCUCCAGAGCCGGAUCAAGGACCGAGAAGAUGAAAUCCAAAAACUCAGGAACCAGUUGACCAACAAGGCUCUCAGCAGUAGCAGCCAAACAGAGCUGGAGAGCCGGCUGCACCAGUUGACAGAGACACUGAUCCAGAAGCAGACGAUGCUGGAGGCUCUGGGCACCGAGAAAAACUCGCUGGUCUUUCAGCUGGAGCGUCUGGAGCAGCAGCUGAAGAGCACUCAGGGAGGACAGAGUGGAGGGCCGGCCAUCAACAUGGGCAAUUUAGAGGGACCAGGAGCCAGACAAAGAAACACACCGGUGCUGUUCAGUGACCAGGACAGCCCAGGAGUGUACGGCAAAGUGCGCAAAGCAGCCAGCACUAUUGACCGUUUCAGCAUAAGAUUGGGAAUCUUCUUGAGACGCUACCCUAUAGCCAGGGUUUUUGUUAUCCUGUAUAUCGCACUACUGCACCUGUGGGUCAUGGUUGUUCUCCUGACAUACACACCAGAAAUGCACCACGGCAACCCUGACGGAAGAUAGGAGGCUUGAAUGUUGGAGCUGGGUGAUUUAAUGAUUUGCGUCCGUUAACUUCAGCGUGAGGACGGGACACACCGCUGGAAUAUGGGUCAAAGCUAGCAUACUCUUUCCGGGACCUGACUCUCCCUGAUUUGCACAGACAUGCUAUGGAUUUGCGCUAGUUUCUUAAAUGUUAUUUUCCAAUCUGACGAUUCAUAGCCGACAAGAAGCGUUAUGCAGAUUUGCAGGAAUUUACUGUACUGGUGGAGCUGAUCCUGGGAUAAUAAAUCAAACUUGAUCUCACAUUCUUCCCUCUCAUCACCUGCUUUCAGACAUUUGUUUGUUUUCCUGAGAGAUUGUAUUUAACACUGUAAAAAAGAGUCUUUUAAUAAACAAAUUAGAAGAAAUGAGA